GGAGGGAGGGGGAGGAAGGGAGGGAGAUGGCUCUGAAAGAAUAACCUCCAGAGUGAGCGAAGGAGAGAGGGGGAGUGAGCAGGGGGCAGAGGAAGGAGGGAUGGAAGGAGGUGGGCAGGGGAGGAUGACUGACAGGGCGAGGGUCCAAUGGGAGAGGAGCAGCGGAUCAACUGGAGUUGGGAAACCCACCCAAAGGCAAUUAAGGGUAAAGGACGACAAAAAUAUCUGAUCAACUUUUUCCUCCGUCAGUGUUUUUCUCUCUCUACUGUAGGUGACGCUGCAGGGAUGGAGCCCAGAGGAAGAAGCCCCCUCUCCCCGGGAACUAUACUUUGGAGAGGACUCUGAGGGCAGAGAUCCGGAGCUGGACUUGCCUUGAAGUUCAUCCAGUCUGGAAAAGUUUCAAGGAUCCGAUCGAGACGCGCAGGCACCGUCGUGUGCGUGGAAGCGGCGUGGAAAAGUUCGACCCAGACCCUUUCCUGGCGCGGGGAUGGUUUGCGCAAUGACGCACAAAGAGACGAGAUAGAUCUUUUUAUUUUUAAAUAUUUUCUGAGCAAUCUGAAGUGACAGGAGAAGAUAAGAUCGUAUCUCAGUGUCCGGGUUCCGUCACUGGUGCCGGAAGGCGAUGGGGGCCGCGCCGGGCCCGGGCUGGGAGGAGGGCGAGUUCGAGUUCAAGUUAGUGUUCGAAGAGGAUCCGCCGCCGCGGCAGAACCGGGGACCAGAGCCGGUGCGGACAGUGGAACAGGAGAGUCCCGGAGCCGGGGAGGAGACUGAGGGAGUCCUGCAGCAGCUGGACUCCUGCACCGGCGGUGGAGACGGGAACGGCAGCUGCAGCCUGGGUCAGGUCACAGACAACCACUUGGCUGCCACCCAUGCAGCCCACUCCAUCAGCAUCCCCAGCCCGCCUCCCUCAGCCAGUCAGCGGGCUGGGAUGCACUCUCCGCCUCCGCGACGGGCUCCGGUCAGAGAGUUCAGCGGAACUUACGAGAGUCUGCCAGCACGGUCGGUGCAGGUUUCAGAGUCUCGUGUGGUGGAAUGUCCCAGUAUCCAGAUCACCACCAUCUCCCCUGAAGACGACCCUGCAUCCAACGUCUCCAACUACUGGGACAUGGGAGGUGGAGGAGGGUGGGACAGAGAACGCCUCUACCUCCCCCUGCUGGACCCUUUCACCUACCGUGACCGUUGUCCAGGUUCCCUCAGCCCCAGCCCCGCUUCCAGCCCCUCCUCCCGUGGCUGGCUGAGCCCCGCCUCCAGCUGCGACUCCCUGCUGGUGGAGGAUGAUGAGCUCAACGAGGCCGCCGUCCACUUCGGUCUCUCUCCGUCGUCCAGGCCUACGUCCCCUGGUGGUAAGAAACGCCGCAACUCCCCUCUGGCCUCUCCCUGUACCUCGCGGAGGAGCAGUUACUCAGAAGAACUGCAGGGGUGCAACCUGGAGGGCGGGGACUCCAGCCUGCAGACACAGGCUCCGCCCAGCAGCUGUGAGCUCAGCAUCCCACAGAAAACAAGGAAGACCUCAUUGGAACAGCUGUCUCCCAGGGAGGUGGAUCAGGAGCAGGCUCCAGGCCACAGCUCCCCCUGCCCACUGCCUGAGGCCCAGCAGGUCAGGAGAGAGCCUCCUCCACUGGGCAUGGACUACCUCUCUGUGCCCCCUGCCCUGGCCUGGGGCAGAUCUCGAGCCAAUGCCCACAGCCCGCUCUUCAGGUCUAACGCCCUGCCGCCCCUGGACUGGCCGCUGCCGUCCCAGUUUGACCAGUACGAGCUGCACAUCGAGGUGCAGCCUCGUCCUCACCACAGAGCUCACUACGAGACGGAGGGCAGCAGAGGAGCUGUCAAGGCUGCACCCAGCGGACAUCCAGUGGUCAAGCUGAGUGGAUACACAGACAGGAAACCUCUGUCUCUACAGGUGUUUGUUGGAACAGCUGACGACAGGUCCAUCAGGCCCCACCCCUUCUAUCAGAUACACAGAGUGACAGGGAAGAUGGUUGGCACUGCCAGUCACGAGAGCGUCCAGGCUGGAACCAAGCUGCUGGACAUUCCCCUCAACCCUGAGAACAACAUGACUGCACUCAUCGACUGCGCUGGGAUCCUGAAGCUGAGGAACUCAGACAUUGAGCUGAGGAAAGGAGAGACAGACGUCGGCAGGAAGAACACCAGAGUCCGCUUGGUGUUUCGCACCCACCUUCCUCUAGCGCCCCCCGUGGGCCCGCCUGGCCGGGUUCUGGCUCUGCAGGUUGCUUCGUUGCCCAUUGAAUGCUCCCAGCGUUCAGCUCAGGAGCUGCCCGUCAUCGAGUCCGUCAGCCUCACUUCCUGCUCCGUGGAGGGUGGCGAGGAACUUCUGCUGAGCGGCACCAACUUCCUGCCCAUCUCCAGAGUCCUGUUCAUGGAGAGAGGGACAGAUGGUAAAUUACAGUGGGAGGAAGAGGCUCAUGUGGACCGUGAGCACAGUAACGAGUGUCUGCUGCGGGUGAGAGUUCCAGCCUACAGCGACCUGUCCGUCAGUCGACCCAUGUCUGUCAGUCUGUACGUCUCUAACGGGAAGAGGAAGAGAAGCAGCACUCACUGCUUCAAGUUUCUCCCCAUCAUUUUUAAAGAGGAAGACCCUCUGUUGUCCAGACCCUCACUGCUGCCUCUGGACAGAGGGACCGUGUGUCCUGUGGAGGGUCAGCCCAGGAUGGACCGAGGCUUCCACCCUGCAGCUGAAGACCGAGCUCUGGGCUUCCACCUGCCCCCUUACCCCACCACCUACUCUCCUCCCUGCCCCUCCAUGAGCUACCAGGAGGAGUUCUGCUCCAAACCUGAGUCUUCUGUUCCAGAGGAACCCGGAGGCUCCAGAGCAGCUCUCUCUGAACGUCACCCCAGCUUCGAGAACCUUGAGCUGGGCUUCACGGAGCUCCUUCCUCCCCUGUACCCCCGUGGUCCACAGCCCCCCUCCCCGUCCCCUUCUCCGUGGCUGGACUCUCCCUACCUCUCCUCCUCACCCUCUCCUUCCCACUCCUCCUCUCUCAGUCCAUUUCCAGCGGGCAGCCCCAUCUCUAGCUCCCCUCUACCUCCUAUACCUACCUCCCCUUACCCACACUACACCACUUACCCUCAGGAGGUGUGUCCGUCACCUCCCUCUCACCCCAGUGCCUACCAGGACAUCUGCCCAGCACCUUACUCCCAUUAUGACGGCUGGGAUCAACAGGGGAGGGAGAUGGGAGUGGGACAUGGAGGAGAGAGGGAGGUGAAGAUGCAGGAAUGUCCUUUGGACUUCACCAGCUCAGUGGCCAUGCACCACAUUACCUUUGAAGAAGUUUCCGAGUACAUCGGAGAGAACUUCCAGUCGUACCAGUCAGGCUCACAGAUGGACAACCAGCCAAACUGAGGUCUCUCUCUCUCCUGUUGUAGGUCAGCAGCCAUUUACACCCUCCGUGCACUCCAGUCUCUCUGUGACCCGUGAUAGUCGACAGGGGAAUUCAAAUUACCAGGACACUGUUGUAUUGAUGACCACAAGUAACUGAUACAGUUUCACAAAAGGGAAACUAAUGUUUUCAAUAUAAAUUAUACAAUAAACUGUUUAAAUUUG